ACGGGUGGGAUAGGGCAAAGAGAAAGAAACGCCACCUUUCAAGAAAACAGGCCGCAGACGCUGGUGUGAUACUGAGACCGUAAGAAAAAGCCUUGGGAGGCGGAGGAAAAAAAGGCUGUCUAUUCUGUGACGGGAGAGUCAUUCAAACCCAAGGUCGACUAUCCACAGGACGCCUCUCAAAUUGCGACAUAUAAAAAGCGAUAAACAGCUACUGAGGAUGGAACAGGCAUACGGGGCUGGAAAAGCUGGUGGUGCUUUUGAUCCACUAACCUUCCUUCAACAACCUCAAACUAUUCUUCGUAUUAUGUCUUGGAUCUUUUCCAUUGUGAUCUUUGGCUGCAUUGCUAAUGAAGGCUACUUGAACCAUCCAAAUGAGAUGGUAGAGUACUGCAUAUUUAACCAUAACCAAAGCACCUGCCACUACGGAGUGGUCAUGGGUUCCCUGGCCUUUCUCUGCUGCAUUGCCUUUCUGGCCCUGGACGUCUACUUCCCACAGAUCAGCGGAGUCAAGGACCGCAAGAAGGCCGUGCUGGCCGACAUCGGCAUCUCAGCUUUCUGGGCUUUCAUGUGGUUUGUGGGCUUCUGUUUCCUGACCAACCAGUGGCAGAUGACUGAAAACAAAGACAACCCCUUGAACGAGGGGGCAGAUGCAGCGAGAGCAGCCAUCACUUUCUCCUUCUUCUCCAUCUUCUCCUGGGACUAUGCUGACCCUAGCCAGGUCACUGCAGCAAUGCCCCCGGCAGGUGCAGAGUACAUGACCUACACAGGUGACGUGGAUGCAACAGGCAGUAUGGGUUCCACUUACAACAGCUCUGCUGGCUACCAGAGACAAGACUACUGAGGUGGGCCGAAGGAACCUGGAGUUCAGCCGCUGUAUGCUGAGCUAGGUGAGCCAUGACGAGGGCUUAUGUACAAUUGCUUAUGUACAAGAGGGAAACACUGGGUGGAGUUUUGCAUUUGCAUAGACAAUACACACCAAGGCUGGUUGAUCUGUUAUAUGUAGUGGCUGAAGGAGUAGAAAUGGAUAUGCAGGGAUUAUUCAGAUAACAGUUUGGGUACUAUGGUCAAAGGUCACUGAAGGGCUUUAAGCAGAGGCAGCAAGUGGCUGGUUGGUAUGACAGAAGUUCAUCUUUACAGGGCAACUGUUUUGGGCAAAAGCAUUUUUAACAUUCUAGGUAUGGAGUCUCUUGACCUGGGUUUUUUUUUCAAUGUACAUCUCCCAACCAUUUUGCCUUCAGCCAAGGGGUGUGGAUGGGGUGAUAGCUUCAUAGCACCCAUAGUUCAUCACCUGUAGUGUUUUGUCCACAGCCCUAUUCUACAUUCCAGUACAUAAAUAAAAACAUAAUGUUUACACAGUGACAUGUAAAAAGAGACCUGACAACCUGGACCAUAACACAAAGUUAAUUAGUUCUUACUUCAUAUAUGGAAAGCAAAGCCAUGCACCACUAACCUAGAUACCAAUCAAAGUUCUAUUAAACAUUAGUGUAUUAGGUAUCUCUACUGUUAAACCAGCUCUCUCCUGCUUGUGUAACACCAACAAGCUGCAUCUCAUGAAUCAAUGACUCCUAAUUAACACAGGGUUUUCAGCUGGUGUUGCCAGUAACACACUUUUGAUAAUCAAGAUCUGAUACAUAAAAGAGAAGGGGUUGUGUGACACUCAUGAUGAUUAUAGGGUUGGCUGAAUGUAUUACAUCAAUAUUGUAUCAUCUGACCAAAUCAGACAAAUUUAGAAACUUAUAAAACCAUAAAACGGCUGCAUGGUUGUACAGGGCGUAAUGAACUGAGUACUGAAAUAUAGAGCAGUGUAAACUUUAAAAGUUCAAAAAUCCAAAUUCAUGCCAUGAUUUUCUAUUACCAAGCUGAAUCCUAGAUUGGAGCAUUAGUACUUUUCUAGCACAGAAGUUUCAUGUGGCUGGAUCUGUGAUGAUGCCUGUGUUGAUGCCCCUCACUCGACGGGCUCUUCAGAACUAGACAGCAUGUAAUAUCAGCACACCCCUCACCAUGGAGCACCCUCACAGUCACACUAGAAUUAAACUGUCUGUAGUUCCAUUACUGGAUAUUUUCCUCUUCAGUGCUCUGUAAGCAGCAUCAUCUGCUGUUUAUUUUUCUCCUCAAUACAUCAGGGAAAAAGUUUUAUUUGUGAUUUUGACAGAUUCUGGAUGCAUCUCAAUUCAUAAUCUUUUAUUCCUAAUGAUAAAAUACGUGUUUUUGAUUAUAAUGUUCUAUGAGUGAUUAUGUACUAACAUUUUAAAAUCUGCCUAUAUUUAUUUUAUGACAGAAAAAAUAUAUAACGAAAUAUAUAAAUCUAAGAAUAUUUAAAGAUGUAUUAUGUACAUUUUAAGAACUUGAAAAAGUUUAAGUAAAUUAAUAAUAAUAUAAAUUGUUCUAGCUAUUGAAGUAACAUACCGUGUAUAUCUAUUUAAUGUUAACUGGGUUUGAAAGUGCUGUGGAAUAUUUAUUUUUAUUCUAGGUAAACAUGAUGUUUUCUAAAACAGGAAUGCUUUCUUUAUUUUGUUCUCGUUUAAAAUCUUGUUCAUGGUUACACUUUUAAAAGAACUAUUCUAUGUAGACGAUGUGUCAGCUGAUAUCUGUUAUUUUCAGCCAUGAUUUCAGAUAUGUGUAGUGUUAUAACAAUCAGAGCAAAAAUUUACUUUAUCAUGUCUGGGUGGCUUGUUGCAAAGACUUCUGAUAUUCAUUAGAUGUGCUGGACUGUAUGUGGAGAUAAUAAAGAAACUGAGUAG